AUGCGCUUCUCUUUACGUGCAGCCGCUACCGUGCUGCUGGCCAGCCGAGCCGCCGCCAAAGCUGUGUAUGCACACUACAUGCUUGGAGGUGUGACGCCCUCCCACGCACAGAUCGAUGUUGACCAGGCCAAAGCCCUGGGCAUUGAUGCCUUUGCCGUCAACAUUGGCGAGACCUCUGCGAGCUGGGCCCUCAACGCCCUCGAGGGUCUCUUUGCCGCCGCGCAAAAGAGCAACUUUAAGCUCUUCAUCAGCAUGGACUUUUACCAACAGCACGACAUCAACGCAUUCACCAAGCUUGCGCAAAAGUACGUCGGCAACUCGGCGUACCUGCGCAUCGACAAUCGGCCCGUGAUUAGCACGUUUAGCAUGGGCGGCUACACCGUCGACCAGAUCAAGUCCUGGACCUGGAAAAGUCUCGCUGAUGUCGUGUACUUUAUCCCCAAUGCCGAUACUGCGCCUGGAUACAAUGACCCUUCCACGUUUGUGAGGAAUUGGGCGGAUGCGGUUGAUGGAUUUUUCGGGUGGGAGUCGGCAUGGCCUAGUGGUGGCAGGCAGCCCGCUAAUGUAAGCUCGUCGGUCGAUUCGGCGGUGAUGCGGGCUGCGCAUGGGGUAUCAAAGACGUAUAUGGCUCCCUUGUCGUCGCUUCAGUUCAAGGCUUGCUGCGGAGGGCACUACUAUCGCAUCGGAGAGGUCAAUCUGCCGCAGCGAAUGCAGCAGCUUGUUGACUUGCAGCCCGACAUGGUCGAGGUUCUCACCUGGAAUGACGCAGGAGAGAGCCACUACAUUGGCAACAACUGGCCCGAGACCCUCACCAACAACCCCGAAAUCACUGCCUAUUCCAGCAACCAAGUUUGGCCACACACCGCAUGGCAGCCGCUCAUCCAGUCCUUCAUCACUGCAUACAAAGGCAACGGCCGGUUUGCACCGGUCAAGGGCGCGUCUGCGUCCGGCGCCAUGUGGUACCGCACGGUUCUGACCACUGCAAACUGCAAUAAGCCAAGUGCGUGGCAGUCGGCUCGGGACUCUGUCAACUAUGCCAUUAUUUUCGGUGAUGAUGUCUCAAACACUAAAAUCCGCGUGACGACCAAUGGGCAUGUCCUGAGCGAGGUUGCUGCGAAGCCCGGUCUGAACUAUGCAGCGGUCGACGGCAUGCGCUUGGGUGCGCAAAAGGUCGAGGUCGUGAAGAAUGGCGCGGUCACGCUGAAGGCGACGUCGACAGCAAAUGUCGAUAAUAACUCGGACUGUUACUUCAACUACAAAGUCGUUGGGUUCAAAUAG